AUGAUUCCCCUGAAGCUGUUUUCACUUGUGGUUUUGGGAUUGUUUCUUUUUGCUCAACCACAGCAGGCCGUUCAAUCGCCUAUGGCACCACCUCCGCCUUCUCCAGCCACUUGCCGUCAUAUACUUUUCAUAAAAACCGGAAACAAUACGUACUCCGGAACUGUGGAAGAUUUCUCGCUUGAUUUUGGAGGGUUUACCGUUCCAGAUCUGUUGUCGAAAUGCGAUUCUCUGACCGGCGGUCCUUGUUUCGGGACGAAUCAAACGGCUAUGGUUCAGUUUGACAGGCCAUGCACUGAAAGGAUUUGCAACAUGACAAUUAAACCCAACGGCGAACUAAAUGAUGAAUGGAACAUUGAGUCGGUUGACCUUAGAACCUAUCCUCAAGGCACAAGCAAAUAUGUUUAUCUUGAUUACUGGUUAUUGAGUAACAAGUUCAUUUACCGGGCUUCCGUAUUCGGUGGUCUUCAGUCAUCAUCUCCCAGUUGA